UAUGCAUCUCUUGCUCCUAUGUGCAAGAAAUGUCAAAUUGAUAUCACUAUCGUACAAUUAUGAUUUCGUACUUAAAUAUUUUUGUUGAUUGCGUUCGUAACAGUUGAUUGCGUAGUUUUAUAAAAUUAUACACAAAUGGAUAAUAUAAUUAGUAGUUUUAGUGCAUUGCUCAGAACGUGUUUGUGUAAUAUGGGUUGCUGUUUUAGUUGCAAAGAGGAGAAUUCCUCAAACGAAGGCGAAAUCAAUGAAAGAACGCAUUUGUUAGUUGACCCAGUUAGCAAUAAUACUACGAUACAGAGAGUAAACAGCGAUGACUUUUUAAACCGUUAUCCUAAUUCAGUUCCGAAAAAAACUGAUGAACAAUCAGCACUCAAUAGGAUUUUACAAGAAACUGCGACAAAUGUUAUAGAUGUUGCGGCGAUGGACUCUCAUACAUUAGAACAGCACGAUUAUAUGGACAGAAUAAGACUUUACAAUCAAAGAAUGAUGCAGGCUUGGAAUAAUAUUCAAAUAUCACCUGUAGGACCUCAUUGUUUGUUGAUUGACAUUAGUGCUCCUGAAAAAGUCCUUGGAACCAAUCCAAUUUCAGCUGCAGAUCAACAGCUUAUUAAUGAUGCGUCAGAUAAAGCAUUAGCCGCAAUGAAGAAAAUAUUUGUUCAACACAAAGAAGAUCUUGUCGUACCUUUUGGAAUACCAUGAUAUGGUUUUAAUCGAAUAUUCUACAAGAACUAAUGUGAUAUCUAUGUAGAUACAUAAAUUUUCUGAUAUAUUUUAAAGAGUGACUGUUUAAAUGAGCAAAUUCAAU